AUGGGGUCGAAGCGUACCUCCAAGCGGGCCCCGGCGAGUACCGCUACAAAUAGCAAAACAGAAGAAGAGACCAAAAUAAAGCCGCAAGAGAGGCCGUCGCCCAGUGUGAGUGAGGAGCCCAAGCCAGAGUUCCAGGAGGAUCCGCUGCCUGAACUGCAGCAGCUUCCCCCGUCAAAUGCACCAGAGCCGCAGGCGCAACUCUCCAAGCGGGCGCUGAAGCGGAUGCGCGGGUGGGAGCCGGUGAUCAAACCACCGGACGACACCGACGCACUCCCGCCGUCCGUUGUGCCGACUGCCGAUGUCGUCUGGCUCGACAACACCACGAGUGUCACACUCAUACCAAACAGCAGCAGUGGUGUACACACACGACGGGGUGCAGCGAGUCUCGCCGCUGUCUCGCCGCCCACCAGCUAUCUCGUGUACACGAGAGACCCGCUCAUCAAGAUGGGUAAGGCGGGGCAGCAGAACGUGCAUGUCAUCACUACUCUCCCACCGGGCGGGGACCCGCGUAGUCUACUGCAUACCGUGCCAUCGAUGGGCUCUCUAACGCAGCGCAGCUCUGCGACAGCAGCAGGAGCGUCAAACACUGGGUCGUCGUCUUCGUCGUCGCUGAAGGCUCAAGAGGAGACGAAGUGUGAAGGCGAGAGCGACGAAGAGAGAGGGGAGGAUGAUGCCGAUACAGGCAACAGCUCUACUGUCCAUAGCAGGUCGCGGCGCAGGAGCGAGGCAGGCUCCUCAGCAAGGCCCAGAAAGCAAAGCAACGAGACAGAGUCUGAGAAAAGGAAGAAGAGCGGGACGGCAAAGAAGGCAGAUGAGACAUCAGAAGCAACAACACCAACUAUACCACGGGCGCAUGGUCUUUCCGCGGCACAGGCGAUGCUGCCACCGCCGUACCGACGCAAUCGCCGGCUGAAGCGGAAGUUGCACAUCACGGAUGAAACGCCGGUGUUUGCGACACAUAGCGAGCUGCGUAAUACAGUGCCACAGAUCUUCCAGAAGGCACCAUUCUCUACAGAGGAAGAUGUGCUGCGCUCCAUCCUCGACUGGCGUGACGACCCAGCGUUGGUGUACGCUCGCCUGCUGUGGGAGUUUUCGCCUGAUGAGUUCCUCUGUCGAGUCAUGCAGAAGCGUGCUGACACCGCGGCAGCGGCACAGGGCGAUCCACGGUCCUCUUCGAACGUCUAA